UGCUGCCCUUCCUCCACCCCGAGGUCUCCAUCUAUCUUAAUUACCCUAGGUACCUACCUGAGUACGGGACAUUUGGAUCUUCAGUUUCUUUUUCUUUUUCCAGUUGUCUGCUCCGCCAUUCUCACUAACGCCCUUUCGAUUUGUUUGUUGCGCGUAUCUGGGUAGCUUCAAUAGUAUCUUCUGGGAUCAAUUGCUAGCUACCAAAGGUCGACCUCUAGCUCGAACUGUCUCACAAGCUCAUUAGCUCAUCCUGCGUCUCUUUUGCGCCAACUUUAUCGGACUGGACAGCUCCAUUGACGUCUGCAGCACUGAAUUGCUUCCCGCGUCCCACGUAACCCCAGCAAAUACAACCAGCUGCUCAAGCGCCGAGACUCUUGAUCUUGGUUACUGGUGCCGACAUGGCGGAAGGCGGAGAACGCGAGCCUCGCGAGGUCAAGAACCACAUCCUGUUUGAGAUUGCAACCGAGGUUGCGCACAGAGUUGGCGGUAUCUACUCCGUCAUCAAAUCGAAAGCUCCCGUUACGACGGCCGAAUAUGGCGACCGCUACACCUUGAUUGGUCCGCUCAAUCAUACUUCUGCUGCUGUCGAAGUUGAAGAGCUCGAACCGAAGGACCCUGCGCUCACUGCCACGAUCCAGUCCAUGAAGGAUCGUGGGAUCGGCAUAUUAUACGGACGAUGGCUGAUCGAGGGUGCUCCGCGCGUGCUCCUGAUCGAUACAAAGACUGCUUACAAGCACCUCGACGAGUGGAAGACGGAUCUUUGGAACGUCGCUUCCAUUCCUUCGCCUCCCGGUGACGAUGAGACUAACGAGGCUAUUGUGUUUGGUUACCUGGUUGCCUGGUUCCUAGGAGAGUACGUUUGCCACGAGAAGAAGAAGGCAGUCAUUGCCCAUUUCCACGAAUGGCUUGCGGGAGUUGGACUUCCACUGUGCAAAAAGCGACGCAUUGAUGUCACCACCAUCUUCACCACUCACGCCACUCUGCUGGGAAGAUAUCUUUGUGCCGGCUCCGUCGACUUUUACAACAACCUCCAGUGGUUUGAUGUGGAUGCUGAAGCUGGCAAGCGUGGUAUUUACCACCGAUACUGCAUCGAGCGUGCCGCCGCCCACUCGUGCGAUGUCUUCACUACAGUCUCGCACAUCACUGCUUACGAAAGCGAGCACCUGCUCAAGCGCAAGCCUGAUGGUGUUCUGCCCAACGGAUUAAACGUGACCAAGUUUGCGGCCAUGCAUGAGUUCCAAAAUCUCCACGCCCAGUCCAAGGAAAAGAUCCACGACUUUGUUAGGGGCCACUUCUACGGCCACUAUGACUUUGAGCCCGAGAACACUCUCUACUUCUUCACGGCUGGUCGCUACGAGUUCAGGAACAAGGGCUGUGACAUGUUCAUUGAGUCUCUGGCGAGACUUAAUCACCGUCUCAAAGCCUCUGGAAGUAAGACUACUGUCGUGGCUUUUGUCAUCAUGCCUGCCCAGACCUCCUCCCUUACAGUGGAGGCCCUGAGGGGUCAGGCCGUGGUCAAGUCUCUCCGAGACACAGUCGAUGUGAUUGAGAAGAGCAUUGGUCGCAGGAUCUUUGAGCGCUCUUUGAAGUGGCACGAUGGCGACCCUCUCCCCGAUGAGAAGGAGCUGAUUACUAGCCAGGACCGUGUCCUGCUCCGGAGACGUCUGUUUGCCAUGAAGCGCCACGGGCUUCCGCCCAUUGUCACCCACAACAUGGUGAAUGACUCUGAGGAUCCCAUUCUCAACCAAAUUCGUCGUGUCCAGCUGUUCAACCACCCAACAGAUCGCGUCAAGAUUGUUUUCCACCCAGAAUUCCUCAACUCGGCCAACCCUGUGCUGCCCCUGGAUUACGACGAUUUUGUCCGUGGAACCCAUCUCGGUGUCUUUGCAUCCUACUAUGAGCCGUGGGGUUACACCCCGGCCGAGUGCACCGUCAUGGGUGUUCCGUCGAUCACGACCAACCUGUCGGGCUUCGGUUGCUACAUGGAGGAGCUGAUCGAAAACUCUAGCGACUAUGGUAUUUACAUCGUAGACCGCAGGACCAAGGGUGUCGACGACUCGGUCAACCAGCUCACCAACUGCAUGUUGGAAUUUUGCCAAAAGAGCCGCAGGCAGCGCAUCAACCAACGCAACCGUACCGAGCGGCUUAGCGACCUCCUUGACUGGAAGCGAAUGGGACUUGAGUACAUCAAGGCGCGCCAGCUUGCGCUCCGUCGGGCCUACCCGAACUCAUUCGAUGGUGACGACACAGCCGAUUUCAUGAACAGCAGCGACUUGAAGAUCUCGCGUCCCUUCUCGGUCCCCGGAUCUCCUCGUGACCGGGCUGGCAUGAUGACGCCUGGUGACUUUGCCAGUCUGCAGGAGGGCAGGGAGGGACUCAGCACUGAGGACUACGUAUCGUGGAAGCUUCCAGAGGAGGAAGACCCCGAUGAGUACACCUUCCCCCUGACCCUGGGGGCAAAGCAGCGGCCUUCCGGCCCCGCCAGCCCGCUUGACGGCGUGCAUCUCAACGGCAACGGUAACUAGGGGAGCCGGAGUAGCCGCGCGGGCAGCGCGAGUAGUCCCAGUCAAGACGGCAUUCGAUUCCGACAUUCCCAUGAAAUCAAGGAUCCAGAACGCUCGGGGCAAGUGGAUGAUGACGGAGAACGGACAGGAGAUUAGCAUCCAGCAGUACUGCUGGUGGAAAUGUGGCUGAAUGGCUCAUGAUCUUCAACGAUGUUUGCAGGACACAAUUCAAAUGUGGGAGUGUGGGAGGACGGAACAAUUAAUGUGGAAGUUGGGGAGGGGAACCGAUGAUGUUCAUCUAUGACGGUUUAAGUUUUUUUGACGAUGGUUGCAUUGUACAAACCGUACGUUUGCGAAAGUCUCCUUUGUUUGUCGUUUUGUUCCCCUUCGCAUAAUCUUGGGACUAUUUUUUUUGUCGCAUUUUACUGGAAAGGAGAAGAGAAAAGCAUUGAUCAGA